CUCUGCAUCGGACCAAGUUGCGGAGAUCAAAUGAGAGUGUAAAAAUGGCGGCAGCCUCAAUUUCUAAGUCACUGACACGACUCUGCCGUGGCGGUGGCGUUAAUGGGGCCCUCUCGUAUCUUCAAAAUGUUUGGAUCCAGUCCUCUGCCUUCUCCACCUCUGCCCCUUCCCUCUCAUCCGCAGUCUCUGACUCUAAAUCCAUCUCCUCUUCACAAACUCAAGAGAAGGAGAAAAGGUCGAUAUGGUCCAAAAUGUUUCUGUUCUUACCUGGAGCCAUCACUUUUGGCCUUGGGACCUGGCAAAUCUUCCGAAGGCAAGACAAGAUAGAUACACUAAAGUUUAGACAGAAGAGGUUGGAGUUGGAACCCCUUAAAUUCAAUGACUUACCCCCUUCUAGCAAUAAAAUGGAGACUCUUGAGUUUAGAAGGGUGGCAUGCAGAGGAGUUUUUGAUGAAGAAAGGACUAUCUUUUUGGGUCCAAGGUCUAGAAGUAUUUCUGGAGUGACAGAAAACGGUUACUAUGCUAUCACACCCCUUUUGCCAAUCCCCAAUGAUUCUGAGAGUAUUAAGGCACCAAUUCUAGUCAAUAGAGGAUGGGUCCCCCGCAGUUGGAGAGAUAAGUCUUUUGAAAUUUCAAGAGAUCGUAAAAUAAAAUCAUCUCCUCCUCUUCAACAGGAUGAAAGAAGCUCCUGGUGGAGGUUUUGGUCCAAGAAACCUCGUAAAGUUGAGGAUCAAAUCCCUAAUGUUACUGCUGUGGAAGUUAUUGGAGUAGUUCGUGGGAGUGAGAAGCCUAGCAUGUUUGUUCCAGAAAAUGAUCCUAGUGGCUCCCAGUGGUUCUAUGUGGAUGUUCCUGCAAUUGCACGUGCUUGUGGACUCCCCGAAAGGACUGUGUAUGUGGAAGACAUUAAUGAAAAUGUGGAUCCAAGUAAUCCUUACCCUCUUCCAAAGGAGGCCAAUGCCUUGAUUCACAGUUCGGUCAUGCCACAGGACCAUCUAAAUUAUAUGUUGACAUGGUAUUCUUUGUCGGCAGCAGUUACAUUCAUGGCUGUCAAGAGACUGAGGCCAAAAAGGAACCGGAGGUAACGAGUUUUUGCUGGAAGAGAAAGUACUACUGUAACUCAGUUUCUAAUUCUGAAUCACAUGCAAGAAUUCACGUAAACACAGCCGAGAAAGAUGCCGUGCCCAUGCAGGUGGAGCUACAAUGUCAUGCAAAUUUAGAGCCAACCUCAAGUCUGCUCCUUUUUCUUUCUCUUCAUUAAUUGAUAUUUGUUAGCAUAAAAAAAAUUUCAUGUCCUUGAAGGAGUGGGAUUGCAGGAUUUUGUUGCAACAUUACAAGGUGGAACUUAAGAAGCCAAAACUUCCUGGAAUAACAGCAUUGGUAAAGAGAUUUUGCAACAUAUUGACGUUAUGGAAUAAAGUAGGGAUGCAUUAUGUGUCACUUAGUAUCAUGAGGAUUCUUAAUAAAACCGGAUUGGUGUUUCUGAGGGUUUUUUCUUGAUUGCUAGCAGUUAUACAGGAUAUGGUGUU